AUGGAGGUUUUCUCUGAAUCCACCAUUAAUCAGGCUCUUUGCCUGGGAUUAAGAUUUCUUCUUCUCUUCUUCCUCUCUUUCUUCUUCAGCAGAAUAUUCUCACUCUUUUGGUUAUCGCCGGUCGCCGUGAGGCGACAGCUUCGCCGUAGCGGCUUCGACGGCCCCCCCCCUACCUUCCCUUUGGGAAAUCUCACGGAAAUGUAUAAGAAAGUGGAUGCUGAAAUAGAACAACCUGUUGCUUGCAUUAGCCACAACAUUCACUCUACAGUCUUCCCUUACUUUGCUAGAUGGAGGAAAACAUACGGGAAGGUGUUUAUAUAUUGGUUGGGGACAGAGCCAUUUUUGUACAUUUCAGAUCCUGAGUUCCUCAAGAAAGUGAGUUCAGGAGGAUUGGGAAAGAAAUGGGGAAAGCCUAAUGUGUUCAAGAAUGACAGAAAGCCAAUGUUUGGGAACGGUUUGAUAAUGGCUGAUGGUGAUGAUUGGACCCAUAAUCGUCAUAUUAUCGCACCAGCAUUCUCCACAACCAAUCUAAAUGCAAUGUUUGGCAUGAUGGUGGAUUCCACCACAACCAUGUUGGAUGGAUGGCGCAAAUUCAUGUCCAUGGGGAUCCAUGAGAUGGAUGUUGAGAAAGACAUUACUAGAAACGCAGCUGAGAUAAUAGCUAAAACAAGCUUUGGCAUAAGCGAAGAGAAUGGUAAGAAGGUAUUUGAGAAGCUACAAUCCAUGCAAUCAAUGCUAUUCAAAUCAAACAGGUUUGUUGGAGUUCCCUUCAGCAAGAUUCUAUCUCCCAAGAAAUCUUAUGAGGCUUGGAUACUUGGUAAGGAGAUCGAUGAGCUUCUACUACAAAUUAUAAACUCCAGGAUGGAGAAGAACUCGGAGAGCAGUAAUGGAGGGCAGGAUCUGCUUGGUCUUCUUCUAGCUAGAAACGAUUACAAGAAGAUGAAGAGGACUGAGAGGAAGCUAAGUAGUAGAGUGCUUGUUGAUGAGUGUAAGACUUUCUUCUUUGGUGGGCAUGAGACGACUGCAUUAGCUCUCACAUGGACUCUUCUGUUGCUGGGUCUUUAUCCAGAGUGGCAAAAGGCUCUUAGGGAGGAGAUUAAGGAGGUUUCAGGAGGAGAACCACUCAACUCUAACAUGCUUGCAAAGUUAACUAAGAUGGGAUGGGUGUGGAAUGAGAUUCUUCGACUAUAUUCGCCGGCACCGAACGUGCAAAGACAAGCAAAAGAAAAGGUUGUUGUCGGAGAAGUCACCAUACCAAAGGGGACCAAUAUGUGGAUUGAUGUAGUUGGGAUGCAUCAUGAUCCAACGCUUUGGGGUGAUGAUGUAAAUGAGUUCAAACCAGAGAGGUUCAAAGAUAGCAUCAAUGGAGGAUGCAAACAUAGAAUGGGGUUUAUGCCUUUUGGAUUUGGAGGAAGAAUUUGCAUAGGAAGAAACUUGACUUUGAUGGAAUAUAAGAUUGUUUUGAGUCUUAUUCUUUGCAAAUUUUCUAUAUCCAUCUCACCAACUUAUGUUCACUCACCAGAGAUUAUGUUGUCAUUGAGACCAUCUCAAGGAGUUCCAUUGAUUCUUCAUCCUUUAGAAUGGUCAGAAGUUUGAGAUUAAGGUUUCGU